GUUGAUGGCAAAACCAUGACGUCAAAAUAAUCCACGUAUAUUGAAAUGUGAUUGGAUAGAGAAAUAAGUUUCGCAAAUCCGAUUGGCUAGUACAGUGCACACCUCCUAGAAAAGGCCACUUACUGAUACCGCGUACCCUCCUUCCAGUUGACAUUACUUAAUACUGCUCUGUCAGCUGAGACUAAAGCAGCGAUUUUAACGGCCAGGAAAUAUUUUAUCAUGUUAUUUUGGUGAUGAUGGCACUAAAAUUUACAAAUCUAAUCUUUCGAAAACAUGUUAAAAACAAUUUAUUGUCGUAUAUUUUUUUGAUCCGAAAAUGGUCACACCAGACGACGAAGAGUGCCAACAAACCCUGCUUUGGGUUUCUGUUCGAUAUUGAUGGAGUAAUUGUAAGAGGUAAAAACCUCCUUCCUUCAGCAAAAGAGGCGUUCAAACUUUUGACUGAUGAAUAUGGCAGGUUUAUAGUACCUGCAUUAUUUGUUACAAAUGCUGGUAAUAUGUUACGACAAGAAAAAGCUAAACAACUUUCUAAAUGGCUGGAUGUACAGGUUCAACCAGACCAAGUGGUGAUGUCUCAUAGUCCCUUAAAAAUGUUUCGGCAAUUCCAUGACAAACAUGUUUUAGUAUCUGGUCAGGGACCAGUUUUAGAAAUUGCAAAGAAUUUAGGUUUCACUAAAGUUACCACCAUAGAGACUCUUCGACAGACGUUCCCUUUGUUGGAUAUGGUUGAUCAUAAAAGGCGCCAAGUUGCUCCUUGUGCUUUUGAGAAAUACUUCCCUAAAAUUGAAGCUGUGAUACUAUUUGGUGAACCAGUGAGAUGGGAAACAAAUCUGCAGUUGAUUACUGAUGUACUUUUAUCGGAUGGUUUACCUAAUUUUGUACCUCGAGAAAUUCCCUACCCUCAUCUGCCUAUCUUAGCCUGCAAUAUGGAUCUCUUGUGGAUGGCAGAAGCUUGCAUACCACGAUUUGGACAUGGCUGUUUCAUGCACUGUUUGGAGUGUUUGUAUCAGAAAGUUACUGGACGUGAAUUGAAAUACACAGCAUUGAUUGGCAAACCUAGUGAAAUUACCUACCAUCAUGCUGACUACCUGCUGAGUCUCCAGGCCCAGAGCAUAGGUAUCAAUGGAGUGCAGACAAUCUACUGCAUUGGAGAUAACCCAGAGACUGACAUAUAUGGAGGGAAUCUAUAUAACCGAUAUCUGCAUUCUCGAUCUGCAAAACAAAGAAAACAAGCCAAAAAGGUUCAGCAGUUAGCCAACACGACUAAUUCUAGUAUCAACUCGGACAUGUCCAGUGUUGACGAACUGAUGGACACUGAGGACACCGUAAUAGAUCUGAUGUCUUCAGGGACAGAUGAAAGUAUUAUCCUUACUGACAAAUCUGUGUCAAUACUUGUCUGUACUGGAGUGUACACAACUGACAGUGAUUUUGUAACAUAUGGAGGAAAAGAAAUCUCAAACCAUAAUCACCGAGACUUUGUACUUGACAGUGAACUGAAGAAACCAACCUAUGUUACCCAAAAUGUACUAGAAGCUGUCAAGUUAGUAUUUGAGAAAGAAAAUUAUCAUUAAUUUGUAAUGAAUAUGUUAAAAAGGUAAACAAGCAAAAAAAAAAAAAA